CCCAGAAAAAGUAUAAAUCCUAAACUUUAUCUCUCACUUGCUUCUUUCAAUCCGCUCUCACACUUCCCUUCAUCAAAACAAACUACACAAAGUACAACUCAUAUCUCAUAAUCCAUAAUCUACACAAUGACCUCCAGCAAGAUUUUCAGCAACACCAGCAUCAUCCGUGCCAGCUACGCCAAUGACUCCGAUGUCACUCUGGCACAGUUCCGAAUUGAGACUAAUGAUAUUGACGUCUCUAAGGUCGCGCCUGGCGAUAUCAUUCUUCGAAACCUCUACCUGUCCUUGGAUCCCUAUGUCCGCUUUACUCUGAAUGAAACUGGCGGUGAUACGCCCGCUUCCUGGCGCCUCCUUAACGUUCCAUUCUAUGGUCUCGGUAUUUCAGAGAUUAUUGCCUCAGGAGAGGCUGUAGCGACGAAAUAUCCAGUUGGAGCAUUGGUUUCGGGCAACGUAGGGUAUGAACAAUAUACACGGAUCUCUGGACUGGAUGAUCCUAAAACGCAGACUGACCUUCGCAUCUUGCCUGCGCAUGCUCGAGAUGAAACCAAAGGCGUGCCGCUUUCGUACUAUAUCAGCGCAUUGGGUAUGCCUGGGCUGACAGCCUAUGCAGGACUAAAGGUCUUGGACGUAAAGCCUGGAAAGAUCAUCUUCGUCGGAUCAGCUGCAGGAGGUGUAGGUCAGUUGGUCGGACAGCUUGCUAAGCAGCAAGGUCUUCGAGUCAUCGGAUCAGCUGGGUCGGAUGAAAAGGCCGCCUAUUUGAUCGAGAAGCAGCAGUUCGAUGGAGCCUUCAACUACAAGACCGAGGACGCGCGAGAAGCCCUGACUCGACUGGCACCCAACGGCAUUGACUAUUUUUACGACACAGUUGGAGGCGCAAUCCUUGAUCUUGUGUUAGAGAUCAUCAAUGAACAUGGGAAGAUUUUAUCGAUCGGUAUGAUCUCACAAGAGAAUGGCAAGGAGCCCUAUCCAAUCCGCAACCUGAAUGCGAUUGCUCGAAAAGCUGUGACGAUCUAUGGAUUUAUUUAUUGGCAUCAUUUACAAUAUUUCCAGAAUGGUGAACUGGACACCACAAUCAGAUCCUUGCUGGAACAAGGCAAGAUUAAUUACAGAGAGGAGGUGUUCAACGGUAUCGAGACUGCUCCUCAGCAUUUUAUCAACAUGCUUAGCGGUAAGUACGCAGGCAAAGUGAUCAUUAAGAUUGCAGAUCUAUAGAAAGCAAAUGCUUUGAAAAAUAUAAAUGAAUUAAUAAAAAAUAAUCUCCAUUCG